GUGUGACGUCACAGCUGUCACUGUCGAUCCCGUUCGUUCUUCCUCUUCAUCCAGCCGCUUACUAUCUGCUUUAAACUGCAGUAAAGAAUCGCAACCGCUUAUAGAAUUACAUCAGAAUCGUUUCCCAGCGUGCUGCAAUGGCCGACCCGAAGUAUGCGAACCUGCCGGGCAUCGCCUCCAACGAGCCUGACGUCUAUGAGACGAGUGAUCUUCCUGAGGAUGAUCAGGCGCAGUUUGAGUCGGUGAGUGAGGAGUUGUGUAGUGACAGCGUGGAGCGGAUCGUCGUAAAUCCCAACGCCGCCUACGACAAGUUCAAAGACAAACACGUCAGCACCAAGGGUCUGGAUUUCUCGGACCGCAUCAGUAAGAGUCGUAGGGUGGGCUAUGAGUCUGGAGAGUUCGAGCUUUUAGCUGAGGGUUGUGGCUUGAAGGAAACUCCUCAGCAGAAAUAUCAGCGACUAGUUAAUGAAAUCCACGAGCUCUGCCAGGAUGUGGAACAAAUUCAGGUCACGACUAAAGAGAGCAGCUCGGAGGAGCGUCUGACUCCGGUGGCUUUGGCUCAGCAGGCGGCGCAGCUCAAACAGCAGCUGGUUUCAGCUCAUCUGGACUCUGUGCUCGGACCCAACGCUCACAUCAACCUCACCGACCCCGACGGAGCGCUCGCCAAGCGGUUGUUGACUCAGCUGGAAGUGGCUCGGGGCGUGAGGAGCGGCGGGGGGGCAGAAGGCAAGACCGCGGCACCCAAAGGACCAAAUGGAGUGAUUCUGUACGAGCUCCACAGCCGACCGGAGCAAGAGAAGUUCACCGAGUCUGCUAAAGUCUCCGAGCUGGAGAGACGGCUGGCCGAACUGGAGAUGGCAGUGGGAUCCGGCUCAGAGAAACAGGGUCCGCUCAGCGCCGGGGUUCAGGGAGGAAGUCUGAUGGACACUAUAGAGCUGCUGCAGGCGCGGGUCAGUGCGCUGGACGCUGGCACGCUGGACCAGGUGGAGGCCAGACUACAGAGUGUUUUGGGGAAGAUGAAUGAAAUCGCCAAGCACAAGGCAGCCAUCGAGGACGCUGAGACCCAGAGUAAGGUGUCUCAGCUGUAUGACGUGGUGCAGAAGUGGGAUGCGAUGGCCACGUCUCUCCCGCAGCUGGUGCAGAGACUGUUGGCUGUCAGAGAGCUGCACGAGCAGGCGAUGCAGUUUGGGCAGCUGCUGACCCAUCUGGACACGACACAGCAGAUGAUCAACAACUCUCUGAAGGACAACAGCACUCUGCUCACACAGGUCCAGCAAACCAUGAAGGAGAACCUGCUGUCUGUGGAGGAGAACUUCUCCGCGCUGGACCAGAGGAUGAAGAAACUCUCCAAAUAAAAGCCCGAGACCAUUAGAGUCCAGCUGUUUCUCAUGCCGCACUUUUGUUUUUCUGCAGAGACCAAACGUUCCCACACUACAGAAGCUCCUAAAGCUUCAGCGUUCAGAUGCUGUCCCUCAAACCCAAAGUCUGAAGCUGUCUGAGUUCUGUAGCAGCCAAAAAACGUACACAGACUUUGUUUUGAAGGUGAUGAGACGCUGUGUGUGUAAAUACAGGCUUGUCUGUACUUUAACUCGCUCUCACGAGCGAUUGCUUGUAACCGUUAUUGUAUUAUUAAUGUGUGACAGUCCACAAAUUAUGAUCAUUUUCCAAUAUAGAAUUUCAAAUGCAUCUCUGGGGAAUAAAAUGCUUCCAGAAAUCUG